AUUAUUUAACCUCUUUCACCUUGACUGUCAUGUCAAAUUUUUCCUGUUUUUAAAAAUAAUAAUAUAAUUAAAAUAAGCAAAAAUGUAACAUAUUCUUAUGGAUAAAAGAUAGAUUUUAUUGUUCAACAAUCGAUUUUACUAUUUCUAAAACAGUUUGAAAUUAACACUGCAAAUUGAAUAGAUAAUUACAUAAAAUGAAGGUGGUAGCUUUAAUAAGUGGUGGAAAAGAUAGCACAUAUAAUAUGAUGCAGUGUGUUGCAGCUGGGCAUGAAAUUGUAGCUUUAGCAAACUUAUUUCCAAAAAAUAAGACUGAAAUAGACAGCUACAUGUAUCAAAGUGUUGGAUUUGAAGCCAUUGAUUUUAUUGCAAAGGCAAUGGAUCUACCAUUAUUUCAAAAAGAAACUUUAGGAAUAAGUAAAGAACGUGGAAAAGUCUAUAAUGCAACCCAAGAUGAUGAAGUAGAAGAUCUAUUUGAAUUGCUUCAAAAAGUGAAGAAAAAGGUUCCCAUAGAUGCUGUAUCAGUUGGAGCUAUUUUAUCAGAUUAUCAAAGAGUUAGAGUAGAAAAUGUGUGUGGAAGGUUAGGACUUGUCCCUUUAGCUUACCUCUGGCAGAGAAACCAAGAAGAACUUUUAGAUGAAAUGAUAAAAUGUGAAGUAGAUGCAAUAUUAGUAAAGGUAGCAGCAAUAGGCUUAGAUCCAAACAAACAUUUGGGACGAUCACUAAGUUCAUUACAGUCUUUUUUACAUACUUUGCAUGUUAAGUAUGGAAUAAAUAUUUGUGGAGAAGGAGGAGAGUAUGAAACACUCACUCUAGAUUGUCCGCUUUUCAAACAUCGAAUUAUAAUUGAACAUUCAGAAAUAAUACUACAUUCUAAUGAUCCUUUUGCACCAGUGGGAUUUUUGAAGUUGAACAAACUGAGACUGGAACAAAAGCUUCCCGUUCUGGACCUUCAUGAGCGGCUACAAAAUUUGCCACUUAAAGAUUGCGAUGGUUAUGUUACAGAUCAAGGAGAAGAUGUCAAGGAACUGAAUGAAGAUGACUUAGAUUCUGAUAGUGAACCUACAAUGACACUGGAUAGAGUUGUGCUAAAUUCUUCAGGAAUACAGAAUUCAUCUGUGCAUCAAGCUUGUAGUGGAUGGUUGUGGAUAGGUGGUAUCAGAGGUGAAUUUGAAGGAAAUCCAAUGGAGAAUGCCAUAUUAAAACUCAUGUUAUCCUUAUCCCAUUAUGAACAAGACCUAACUAAUGUUUGUUCAGUUACUCUGUAUAUUUCUGACAUGAAAUUCUUUACUCAGAUCAAUGAUGCCUAUGUUAAAUAUUUCAAUUUUCCCAAUCCACCAACAAGAGCAUGUAUAGAAAUUCCAUUGAGCAAGGAAUGUCCUAUCAUUUUGGAUGCAAUUUCAUGGAAAACCCUUGAAAUUCAAUCUGAUCUUCCAACAGAACGAUGUACCAUGCAUGUACAGAGUAGAUCGCAUUGGGCCCCUGCAAAUAUAGGUCCUUACAGUCAGGCAGUCAAAAUUGGUGAAAUAAUUCACCUAGCCGGUCAAAUAGGAAUGAUCCCUGGAAAUUUAGAAGUAGUGGAAGGUGGCAUUAAAUCUCAGUGCCGUCUCUCAAUGAGACAUUUGGAAAGAUUAUUGAAAGCUUCAGAUGCAAAUGUGAAUUUAAGGAAUGUUGUUCAAGGCGUUUGUUAUGUGACCAAUAUAUCAUCUAUUCCUCAAGUCCGAAAAAUUUGGGAAGAGAAUACAAAUAAUGCCAUUGUUGAUUACGUUGUUGUUUCGAAUUUGCCAAAAUCAGCAUUAGUUGAGUGGCAUGUUUGGGCUCAUAAAUACAAUCACAUAUUCGAAUAUGAAGAGACUGGAAAAUGUAUAGAGGAUAGAAACUGGUCAAUAUCCAUUUACAAAAGAUGGAAUCCUGAAGAUAAUAUAGUGGCUUUAGUAUCUCACUUAGAAAAAACAAUACCUAGUGAAGAAAGUAUAUUCAAUAGAGAUAUUUUUAUAGAGUUUAUUGAUUAUGCACUCCAGAAACUUGACCAAGCAAAUGAAGAGAAUUCUAAAGCAGUUCACAAUCUUAAAAUAUUUUACCCCACAAGCAAAAAUAUUGACAGUAGUGAAUACUUUGAGUAUUUAGAUGAUCUGAGAAACAAGAUUUCAUUGACAUAUACUUUUAUACCUGUAAUAUAUUGCAAGGAUGAGAACACAUAUUUAUCUAUUUGUGGAACAAGAACUGAGUGAUUCA